UGUCGGAGCUCAAUAUUCCAGUCCCAUGGGGAGAGAUCAGAGGUAAGGUGUGGGGUCCUGAUCAUGGGCGUCCUGUGAUGUGUGUGCACGGCUGGGCUGACAACUGUGGUUCCUUUAACUCCCUCAUCCCCCUGCUGCCCAAAGAGUACAGAUACGUGGCGUUGGACCUGCCAGGUCACGGUCUGUCCUCACAUCGUCCUCCUGAAGUUUUCUACUCCUUUCCCUUGUAUUUGAUGGACGUGCGCAGAGUCGCUGACGCUCUGCAGUGGAACAGAUUCUCCAUCAUAGGCCACAGUAUGGGUGGUAACAUUGCUGGAUUGUUUAGCGCUCUGUAUCCUGAGAAGGUGGAUGCUCUCAUACUGUUGGACUCUUAUGGAUUUUUACCUACAGAUUCGAAAGAAAUUCCUAAAGUGAUCAGACAGGGACUGGAUGAGAUGCUUCAGUUUGAAGAAAAGGCAGAAGAAAAGAGGAGAAGAGUUUACACGUAUGAGAAGGCAGCUGAGAGGCUCUUGGCUGCAAACCCAGCUCUGUCUGAACAGUCUGUGCACAUCCUUUUAGAGCGAGGUCUCGAUCAAGUAGACGGCGGAUUUGUGUUCACUCGGGACUUUCGUCUCAAUCUGAAGAACAUAGUGCGCACCACUUUGGAGCAGUGUCUGGAGUUCCAGAAGAGGAUAACAGCCUCCACCCUCGUUAUUCUAGCAGAGGACGGUUUUGAGAAGGUAUUUGCUGAACAAGAUGGAAAGAAAGCUUCGUCAGCUCUUGUCCAGGGCUAUAGGGACAGAAAUCAAACAGUUGUGAAAGUACCUGGUGAUCAUCACAUCCAUUUGAAUGGUGCUGAGGUUGUUGCUCCACUGGUGUUGGACUUCCUGCAGACUAAUGUAUGUGCGCAGUCAGACAGACUGACAGAUGUGCAGACGUCCAAGUUAUAGAAAACACACAAGAGCAACAAACUUAGCCAGCGCAGUCUGCCAUCAAACUUUGUAUUAAUAUCUUAUGGGCAUUUUUAAGUUGUUUUAUUUAUACUGUAGUGUCUUAGCUUCACCUAGCCGGCACUUGUGAUUUUAUAUAUAAAUAUAUUAAUUUGUACUGAUGAUGGCGUGACUUUUCACACCAUGUUCUUCUUAAUCUCUAGUUCAGCUAUAAACUACUGAAGCAGCAUCAAUGUGUUUCUGACACAGUUUGUAUUUUUUACUCACUGAUCAAGUGAAUAAUCUUCGUGUUAUUUCCAUUCAAUGGAUCAAGUCUGCAUCAGAGGUCAGCACCAGGCUUUCAUGCAGUGAUGUGUGUAUUAAAGCAGUAGAAUAACACAACACUGAUCUGAAACCUCUUGUUAUUUACAGUUUGAAAGUAGAAGCACAAUAACAUAAAUGCCUUACAGCCAUUUGCCUCUGUCGACCAGUCAAGUUACAGUUUACAUCCGUGACUCUUCACACUCACACAAUAAAUGCAGUGAAGACAUUCA